CGCUUCAUGUACUCGGAGUCCCGUCUCUGCGUCUCUCUGGAGUGCAUGCACCGGAAGUUUCAGCAGCGUAUUUGUGCAAAGUUUGAACAAACAAUCAAUCAAACAAACAAACAUGUUUUUAAAAGCAAAACAUAAGCACCAAAUAGAAGGAUAGGAGAAGUUACUGUGAAGACACUGUUUGCUGUAUAAGAAUAACCUCUAUGUGCCUUCACCUCCAAGUGGAUCCCAAGGAGUCUCUGGCUUUUCAUGGAACAUUGCUUGGAUGUGUCAACAGUCAGGAGGUAACAGCCAUGGAUGUUGCUUCCAUCCCUCCACCUCUGAUUCCCCCUCCACCUCCUCCUCCUCCUCCUCCACCUCCACCCCCACCACCUCCUGCUCAGGUCAGCCGGCGUGGCUCUGUGCAAAAGCAGCGGCUUCGCAACCUCAACUGGGAGCGCAUUCCUAAGGAGCGGGUGGAAGGUCGUCAGAGUGUGUGGAGUGGCUCGCUGACCGCCAGCGAAGACGAUGACUUCCCCAUCGACCUACGCUCCCUGGAUGAGCUGUUUGGUCAGAAGGAGGCACGUAAAACGGAGAAAAGCGACAGUUUGAGCAACAACCUGCACCGCUGCAGGUCCCCACAGAAAACAGGCAGCGAGAAGGUUUCUCUGCUCGACCCAAAGCGCAGCAUGAACGUUGGGAUCUUCCUCCGCCAGUUCAAAACCACACCAACGGAGAUUGUGGAGGACGUGAGGCAGGGGGCCGGGGAGCGUUACGGUGCAGAGAAACUGGCCGAGUUCUGCAAACUGCUGCCUGAUGCCGAGGAGGAAGCGCGGUUGAAAAGGUUUAACAGUGACCGUAGUUUGCUAAGAGAGCCAGACCUCUUCAUACUCUUACUGAUAGAAGUGCGAAAUGUUCGCCUGCGUCUGGAUGCCAUGAUCCUGCAGCAGGAGUUCGACCCCGCUGUGACCUCUCUGUGUGUGGCGGCCAGAUGUCUGGGGGAGGCAGCUCGAGAGCUGCUGAGUUGCCACAAGCUUCACUCCAUCUUGCGUCUGGUGCUGAAGGCAGGGAACUACAUGAAUGCUGGAGGUUACGCAGGGAACGCGGCCGGUUUUAGGAUUGCCUCGCUGCUCAAAUUGGCCGACACCAAAGCCAACAAACCAGGCGUGGACCUCCUACAUUUUGUCGCCAUGGAGGCUGUGAAGAAAGACGAGGAUCUGCUGACGUUUCCCAGCCAGCUGAGUCAUGUCGGUACAGCAUCAAGGCUGUCGGAGGAGUCCGUGCUGGAGGAUCUGUCCCGCUUACACAGUAGAAUAGAGACGCUGCAAAUCAGUGUGCAGACCGAUUCGGAGAUUGAACAGCAGAUGAGACCGUUCCUCGAGACUGCAAAAGUGAGGCUGAUUGAAGCUGAGGAAGAGGUGGAAAGCUUGCGGAAGACUAGCCAGGCCUUGGUUGAAUUCUUCUGUGAAGAUGAAAGCUCCUUCAAGCUGGAGGAGGCCUGUCGCAUCUUUCACUGCUUCUGCCAUCGCUUCCAAAAAGCUGUGCGAGAGAAUGCUGAGCGUGAGCUGCAGGAGCAGAGGCGUGCAGAGCGGCAGCGGGAGAACCUAGAGAAACGGCGCUCGCUGGCAGUCUGUAGCGGCUCCGAGCUUGACGACCUGGAGCGCACGCUUGAGAGAAACCUGAGCUACACCUGGAGCCGCCGCAGCCUCCGCAGACAACGCUUUCCCAGCUUUCACGAGAAGAGCUCGGACCCCAGUUCUUUUCAGAACAAAGCUCUCCAGCAGCCCCUCAAAUCGGAGGACAAAAGUAGAAAUUCUCCGCUUAGGAGACAUUCGCUGAAGGAAUGUCUUAAUACCACAAGUGAUUUGAAUGGAAUUAAUAUAGAGGAAUGUUUGUCGCAAACAGACGUUGACGGAAAUACGGCAGCCACGCCACACGCUACUGUUAGAAUACAACGAGAGAGGGAGAUGAACACCUCACCAGUCAUGGGACUCACCUCUAACAAGGUAAUGAAAGUUGAAACACAGGGUAACAAAGCUUCUGAAAAGCAAACGCAGGUAAAGACGGACACGGUUGCAGAAACAAACUGUAUUAAAGCUAGCACCCAGGAAUUGCUAUCUGACCGAGUGGCCAUUCAGGACAAUGCAAAGAUCUCACAGGGAUCCUGUCAUCUAGAAAUCUCACCUCAGCAGGCGCAGGAAGAUGGGCCAGUCAGCCCAGAGAGAGAGCGAAUGUACCCACGGGUAGGUGAGACCUUGGAAUGCCACACUCUAGUGAAGGGUCUGCGCUCCUAUGAAGCUCUUUCACCGACUGGACACCGGGCAGCACCAAGCCAUUGCUCGAAAUGGAAAAAAGUACUGGAGGCUGAAGAGAGAGAUGGUGCAAGCUUCCCCCAAUCUAAGGAUGACCUGCGUGCUUCCAAAACGCCAAACAAAAGUCCCUCCAAAAGGGGACUGGCCUCACAAUCCGGGCCUUGUAACAGCUCCGGAAUUCCAAAAGCACGUCCCAAGCCAGAGCCAGGUUCGGCUGAGGGACCUGCAACACCUCGCGGAUCACGUUUAACCCCUUUGCGCUCUGUCUCCAUGCGCUCGUCACCAGUCAUUCGGCCCAGAAACAUCCAGGUUGAGUUGAAGCGCAGCAUCAGCGCGAGGGAUAAAACAAGCACCCAGUCUGACGCAUUGGUGAAGCAGAACUGCCAACCUGCUGAAAAACCCAGCCCAGAGAACAAGAAGACACUUCCCAGCAGUCACCAGCAGUUGGUUAGGGGUUCACCCUUGCGCGUUUCAAAGCGGUUUGCGCCCCAUUCAGAAUCCCACAGCCCAUGUCAGACUCGCACCAUCCAUAGUCCAAGUCCAGCUACUAACACAAAGGCCAUCCGGACUGCAGUCAUCAAUGCAGCCAAAGCCAAAUCGGCCAAGAAUGCAGACACAGCGUCGUCUAAGACAACACCAGGCACAAGGACUGCUGGCCCCAAAAUCCCACGAGCUGCCACUCAGCCCAUGUGGAGAUGAUGUUUGACCUCCUAAUAUUUUCAGUUAGUACUGACUAAUGGACUUCUGGAGAUAUCUUUGCCAUUAAGGUGACUUUAAGCUGAUUGUUUAUGCAGGUAUUUGUACUAAAAUCAAGAGGGAUUGAAUGAACCUGUGUACUCGGUUGAACUGAAGUGACUCCA